AUGUUUUUUGUGAAGGAUUUUUUGCAAAAGAUCCAUUUGAGUCCGAGCUAUCUUGGGCCGAAUAUACAGGUAUUGAUAAAAGAAUAUCUGUUGUCGAAAGUGGAGGGAUCGUGUGGGUCUGAUGGAUAUAUAGUGAUGGUUCUUGGAAUAGACGAGAUAGGGGAUAGUAGAGUGCUGUUAAGCGGAGAAACGAUAUUUACUGUGAAAUACAAGGCACUUACGCUUAAGCCGUUGAAGGGCGAGAUAGUUGAUGCAAGUGUAGUUGAGACGAAUAAGAUGGGAGUAUUUGCAUCGGUAGGGCCACUUACUGUGUUUAUAUCGAACCAUCAGAUUCCUAAUUUUCUGCUAGAGAACGAAAUAGCAAAAAACACGAUGAUCAGACUGAAAAUAAUUGGAACGAAGAUAGACUCUACUAAGAUAUAUGCUGUGGGUACAUUGAAUGAUGAUUCAUUGGGAAUUAUCUGCUGA